AUGUUCAGCGACAACGGAACGAACUUUGUCGGGACGGACAACGCGUUUAAAGCUUUGGAUUGGGACGCAAUCGCGAAAUUUAGUAGUGCGGAACGGAUAAAGUGGCGUUUCAACCCUCCUACCGCGAGUUGGUGGGGUGGUUUUUGGGAGCGACUGAUAGGUUCUUUGAAGCAACUUCUUCGAAAGGUUCUGGGGCGUGCAGCUCUGGUAUAUGAAGAGUUGGUUACAGUACUGUGUGAUUGCGAAUCGGUGAUAAAUUCGCGUCCUCUCACUUAUAUGUCAAGUGAGCCAGAGGAGUUAGUGCCAUUGACUCCUAUGAUGUUCUUGCGUGAGAUUCAGGAAGGUGGCGUUCCUGAUUGUGAGGCUCUGGAUAGUCAGUCACUCUGUAAGAGAGUGAUAUAUUUGCAGAAAGUUCGGAGGGACUUACGUCAACGAUUUCGUGCAGAGUACCUAGGCCAGCUGUGCUUGUUUAGGCAAGGUUCUAAACAGAAGAUUAAGUUGGGUGAUGUAGUCAUUAUCGGCAACGACAAUGACAAGAAAAUGGACUGGCCUUUGGGUUUGGUGACGGAGCUACUGUCUGCUCGAGAUGGCGAGACGCGCUUGGUGCGAUUGAGGACUGCUCGAGGUCAAGUGUUGCGUCCUGUGCAACGUCUCUAUGCACUGGAGUGUGUGCCUGACGAAUCCAUAGUGGAGCCAGAGGGUGACCCGGUUAUGCCCGUAGACUGCGUAGAGGGUGGCAAAAGCUGUUUGCAAGAGCUUUCAGAAGAAGCUGAAGCUGCAUGUGACCAAAGUGCGGGAGUGUUAAAAAGCAGAGCACCCGAAAAAGUGAGUCAAAGUGUUGUGACGCGCAGUGGACGUACCGUCAAUGUGCCUAAGAGGUUUUUGUAA